UUCCCUGUUGCACAUUCAGUUUCCUGCCUCCAUCCUCCCACAAUUUCAUAUCUUUGUUUUCCACACAAAAGAAAUCUUGGUGGAUUUCCUGUACUUCCUUCUUGUGUUGCUGCCCUUAAAGCAACAGAAAUUUGCAGAACAGUUGGAAUAUCCUGGAUAACCAGUUGGUGCAUAGCACAGAAGCUAAUGCAGAUUUUGUAGCUUUCGGUGGGAAUAUUGCGUCUCUGAUGUGUUCAUCCUUCUGUAGCCAUGGGUGAUCAGAUGCUGGGACAGCAACUUUGCACCCAUGCAUUGCUCCUUUUUACUCCUUGUCUGUUUUCCACAUCUUGCCAAGAAUGAGAUGAUCUCCAUCCUGUGUACUAGUUUCAAACUUUUGUUCCACUGCUGUACAGCUCUUUUCCUGUGUUCUCUUUUAAUCUUCCCCCUUGGUCCUCAACAGUCACCGACUCAUAUUCUGUGCUAAUGCCUGUGCCUUGCUCCACCCCUGACUUUUCCCACAUUCCUUCAUCUGCUUUAUCAACCUUUCUACACAGUUCCUUUAUUUUCCUCUCCCAACUGAUUUAUUAUUCAUCCUUUGCAUCUACCUUGUACUUCUCUUAAAAUAUUUUGAGAAAGCCAGGACUUAAUGGCGAUAUAAGAGCAGCAUUUUUUCUGGGAUUUUUCUCUUCUGUGGACAUGUGUGGACAAUUUGCUCGUGAGCAUACCUUUUCCAACUGGAUUGGUUUGUUAGUUAUGAAGGCACUCAGGACUAAACAUUUCAGAGAAGCAUCACCAAUGAAACUUCUCCUGCUAUUAGCACUUAUUUUCACACUAUGGGACAGUAGCUACUCCUCCCAGAACUGUACCAAUCCUUGUCAUGAACAUGCAAAAUGUGAACUUCGUGCUGGGAUACAAGGCUGUUAUUGUGCUCCUGGAUUCACUGGAACUGGCAUAAAGAGACCCGGUAUAAUCGGCUGCCAGGAUGAUAAUGAAUGUGAAAAUGCCACACUUCUUUGUGGGGAAAAUGCAAACUGCACAAAUACAGAAGGAAGUUACUACUGCAUGUGUGCACCUGGGUUCAAAUCUAGCAAUGGCAAUUUAACCUUCGUAACCAAUGAUGGAACUUCUUGCAUAGAUAUAGAUGAGUGCAAUGAACCAGUAACUGCUACCUGUGGAGACCAUGCGAAAUGUGAAAAUGUGUAUGGAGACUAUAACUGCUCCUGUAAGGCAGGUUAUCGACCAUCCACAGGAAAAUUGCAGUUCAAGGCAAGGGAUGGCACUUUCUGCCAAGAAAUUCCAACAGCAAAAUGUGAACUGAAUAAUGAAUGUAUUGCUGAAAAUAUUAACAGAACUUUAGCUAAGAUUAGAAAAAUAAAAGAUCCCCUGGCUAUAUUACAAGAAAUCAAUAUGAACACAGUAGGAGAAAUUUCACCAGUCAAUGUGAUUUCCUACGUAGAAGCAUUAUAUGAAUCCUGUCCCUUGCUAAGCACCAUAAAUAAUAUGGUUCUUGACAAUGAAAUGCUCUCUAAUCAAACUCUUUAUGAACUUGUUAAUACUGUGAACAAUUUUGUUCAGAAAGGCAGAACUGCAGUGUGGGAAGCUAUCCCGUCAGAUAACAGACGAAGAAGUCUCACUAAACUGAUAGACACUGCAGAACAAACAGUCUCUCGUAUAUCGCAGAACUUCCAAGAGUUGACAGAAGUAGAGAUCAAUGCUAGUGAUUUGGCUCUUAAAGUGUAUGCCUUUGAUAUGCAACGCAUGGACCUCAUUCAACAUGUGAAGAUGGGUGGAGAUAUGAUAAAGGUCUUUGCAAAGAAAAAGGAAGUAUCUAUUUCUAAAGGCACUGUUGCAGUUGUGUUUCUGCGCUACAACAAUAUUGGUUCUCUGCUUUCAUCAUCACAUAACUUCUCACUGAAAGAAAACGUAGAGCAAGCAGAGACAGUAAGUUCAUCAGUUAUAGCUGCCACAAUCAGUUCCAUUCCACACAAGUUCUCCUCAGCUGAGAAAAUAACAUUUACUUUAAAACAUACACAGAUUUUGGAAGGAAAACAUACUAAGUGUGCAUUUUGGAACUACUCAGAAGACACGAUGGAAGGAAACUGGUCUACAGAAGGAUGUGAGCGGACACAUUCCAAUAGCACUCACACUUCAUGCAGAUGUUACCAUCUUACUCAUUUUGCUGUUUUGAUGUCCUCAAGUGACUCUCAUGUUAAAGUCAAGGAUUCUAUUCUUACAAGAAUCACUGAGCUUGGAAUAAUUAUCUCAUUGAUUUGCCUCUCCAUAUGUAUUUUCACUUUCUGGUUCUUCAGUGAAAUUCAAAGCACAAGAACAACAAUUCAUAAAAAUCUCUGUUGCAGUCUUUUCCUGGCAGAGCUUAUUUUUCUUGUUGGAAUUAACAUGAACAGUAAUAAGCUAUUCUGUUCAAUCACUGCUGGAUUACUCCAUUACUUCCUCUUAGCUGCCUUUGCAUGGAUGUGUAUUGAAGGCAUUCAUCUGUACGUCAUUGUCGUUGGUGUAAUCUACAAUAAGGGAUUCCUACACAAGAAUUUCUAUAUCUUUGGCUAUGUGAGCCCAGCAGUGGUAGUUGUCAUUUCUGCUGCACUGGGAUACAAAUACUAUGGAACAACAGAUGUAUGUUGGCUCAGCACAAAAAAUAACUUUAUAUGGAGUUUUAUAGGGCCAGCAUGUCUAAUAAUUCUUGUUAAUUUGAUGGCCUUUGGUGUCAUUAUCUAUAAAGUAUUUCAACAAACAGCCAUGAUAAAGCCAGAAGUUAGCUGCUAUGAAAACAUAAGGUCUUGUGCACGAGGAGCUCUUUCUCUCCUGUUUCUCCUUGGUGCUACCUGGAUCUUUGGUGUACUUCAUGUCAUCCAAGGAUCAGUGGUCACAGCAUAUCUUUUUACAAUAUUCAAUGCAUUCCAAGGGCUAUUCAUCUUCAUAUUUCUUUGUGUUUUGUCACGAAAAAUCCAGGAUGAAUACUCCAGGUUGUUCAGAAAUGUCCCUUGCUGUUUUGGAUGCUUAAGGUAAAUUGAUGGAAAGCUAAGAUGAGCAGCACCAUGGAAGAAAGGAGAAAACGAGAGGCUUUAGAAAAAUUGCUAUAUUGUGAAAGUAUGAAAUGAGCUACUGAGCUGUCAUCUCUCUUAAAUCAAUUACUUUCUCUCCAGUAUGGGUAUUGUACUUAAAUGUGCACUCAGGCACACUAUAUUGUGUACAAACUGCAUAGCUGUACAAGACAGACUGGUUGAUUAUGUAACACAUAAGGCUUCUGAAGGAGCCCAGGACACUUCAGAGCUAAUGGCUGUAGCUCAGAAGGGAGUGAACUCGAUGGGCAAAGUCAUUUUGUGAGUAGUUUUGCUAUUAAUGUCAUAUCCAGUGACUUGGAAAUGAACAUAAUUUUGCUUAUUGCUGUUUAAAGAGAGUAAAUGCCAUUAGAGUGUUAAUAAAAAGAUUUUACUUUUAUCAAAGCCCAGCAAUCCUUGUUGAAAACAGCUGGAUUAAAAAUUAGAUUGUAUGCAGUUCUUUUGUUAGGAGGUUUUGUUAUGAGAACCUCUCAUUCUUUGAAGGCAUGGAGAAAGGCAUUGUGGGUCUUCCCCUCCCCCCGCCAUGAUAGCAUGAGCUAACCACACAUUCAUCUGCCAAGUGUAGGGAUUCUAUGUACAUGCACAGGGUUGUUCCAUUCAGCCAUUUCUUCUAGCAUGGAAGUGUCCUAUGCAUAUAUGUCACUUUUUCCUGGUCUGUGACUGUAAAAUAAAAGCUAACCAACUAAAAAAAAGUCACUUUGCACAUUCAGUCCAUUUGCACAAUCACUGAGCGUACUUCUGUCAGAGGGAUAUGGCUGGUACAUAUAUCCUUAGUAGGAAGGGCUAACAUAUAUUUUCAGUGUGUGGAGAGUUUUAUAUGGAUCUUCCUUUUGUAGAGCUGCUUGGGCAGCAACAGCACAACUUAUACAUAGUGGAUCCUAAGAUGUUAUUUGGCAAUGAGUAUGUGGCCCAGGGUCCAAUCCAUAUAUUCAGUGGGCAGUUCAUACCCACUAGCUCAUUACAAACAUUUUACAUAUAUAUAUAACAGCAUUAUGGUUAUGCAUAGGCCUUAGUGCAUUUCUUUGAACAUCUGAAGACAGCCUACACAGAACUCCAAGGAUCAAAUUGCACAUUAGUUCCACUCUUCUCAUGAAAGCAAAUCAUGAAAUGCUUACGUUAUCAGACAGUUGAGAGAGUUGGAUGUACUGUUAUUUCUUUGAUAGUUUACAGAGAAUUAAUUUACACUUUCAUCAUCAAAUAUAUUUUGGAGUUGAGGGUGGCCUUAUGCACCCCAUUGAAGUGUGAAAGCACAGCAGAUCAAGUCUAUAGAUCAAACUUUUGUGUACCUUCAUUGCAAAUUGGACAAGGACUGUUCAUCUAUCUGACUCUUUGUCCACACAUUCAGAAGUUACAUGCCAAGGAGAAAUUUCUAAUCUAGAGUCUUAAUUCUGUUAUGUCACUUUUACUGCACUUCAAUACUAGACUACAAAUCAUGCAUCCAGCUUGAAUCAAGCUUCCUGGUUCAGUUCCUACCAUCUCUAGGUAGGGUUGAGAAAGAACCCUCUCUGAAACUCCAAAGUGGCACUCCUGGUCACUGGAGACCACACUGAACUAGAUAGACCAAUGGUGGGAGGACCAAAGUAACUUAAGUUGCUUAUGUGUGUGAUUUUAAAGAAGUCAGCAUGGCUGACAUGUUUGCACCUAUGGGAACUUUCUUCCAAUUGCAGAAAGUAGGAACAGGUGAGUGACAAUUUUGAUGGGGACCACAGCAUGGGGAAAGGGUUAACAUUUCCUUCCCUUCAAGACACAGUUCUGAUCUGGCUCACCCACCUACCCAUCCCAACACACACAGACUAGAUAUUUAUAUUUAAGAUAUUCCCUAUGUAUGAGCCAAUGCUGUGACAGAUGUAACAUCCCAUUUGGUCUUGACUUCAUAUAAAGCAACUUCCUGAGAAUGCACAAGCCAGCUUCUAUAAAACAAUCACAUUUGCUUCCAGUAGGAACCUUUUAUGUCCAAUUUAAUCACUGGUAGACUGAUUUCAAGUAGUCAAAAUUCAUUUGAAAUCUACAAAUAACAAAGAGUUUUCAGAAGUGCAUGGUCUCUCCAGGAGGGUUCAGUAGGGAACAAAAUUUAGAGAACUGUGAAAAUGGCGGGUGAACAUAAAUGCUUGAAUUUAAGUACAAAAGUGUUUGCUUAUGGAAUGAAACAAACCCUUUCUAUUAACACAUCAAAGAGCUGUGAUUGUUCAAAAACCAGAGCGUCUGAAUAGCUGUGUAGAGUAAUAAAAAUAUCUGCAUUAUCAAAA